AUGAGCGCCGCUAACGGCAACGCGUCUCUGCUCUCCUGCCUCCUCCGCAGCGCCGCGCGCCCAGCGCGAAUUUCCUGCCGCACCCGCGAUCCGCUCCUUCGCUCUCUGCCUGCUCGCGUCCCUCCUCCCACCGCCGCCGCCGCCGCCGCCGCCGCCGCCGCAGCCGGAGCCGGCGCCACCACAUCCUCUGCGAUUCUAACGGCAAAUCAGAUCUCCGCGCCGCGAUCGGCCACUGCCAUGUACAUCCGCGCGGCGCCGCGUUACCGCGGGCCGUGCCACGUGUGCAGCUGGCAGCCGCUCGCGCGCGGCGGGCUUCUCGACCCGCGCCGCGACAGCUGCGCCCUGGGACGGUCUAUUCCCCUCGCUUCCCUCCGCGUAUCCUCGCCCUCCUCUCGCCUUUCGUUCUUGCGCACGAGUGGCGAGCUCAAAGGCAGCAGCAGCUAUAGCAGGAGCAGCGGUGGUGGUGGUGGUUCUGGUGGCUCGUGUGGGGUUGGUGGUGGUAGAACUAGUGGUUUGGGUAGUGGUGGUGAUGGUGGGCGUGUUACUUGCAACGCUGCAGGGAGUGGUGCUGAGGGAUGGGGGAAGGGCGGAGGAGAGGCAUGGGGAAGUGGCCGGGGGAAAGGGAGAAGCUUCAGCGGCAGGGGCAGGGGCGGUGAUAGCUGGCUGGGCGAUGGGGGUGGAGGGUCGGUGAUAGGCGUAAGAUGGGAGGAGGAGAGUGCGGAGGAGGAGGGAGAGGACGAGGAGGAUGAGGAGGAGGGGGGUGGAAAGGGGAGGAGAGGCAAGGGUGGGAGGAGGGGGACGAGGCAAAGGGGGGCGAAGAAGCAGGAGCAGAUGGCAGUAGCAGAGGCAUACAGGCGGCACUACGUGGCUGCUGUCACUGCAGAGAAGGAGGACGAGCUAGCGGCAUGGCAGCAGCGCAUGGGCGGGUGGUCUUUGCAGCGGCUGGCAGAGGAGGGCUUUGCUCUCUUCAACCUCUCCGCCUCGCCCAAGGGCCGCUUCUUCAAGAAGCGCAUAGUGCAGUUCGCAUUGGCUCCAGCACAUGGAAGGCAGGGUGCUGCCGGGAGGAGUGGCACAAGCAGCGGUACAGGCGGUGCGGGCAGCGGUGGUGGCGGUGGUGUGGGUAGUGGGUUGCUGCCUCAGCAUCACUUGCUCUCCCAGGGAGACCUGGUGCUGGUGAAUCCUAGCAGCGUUGACUCCAUUGACUUGGAGGACUCGCUGGAAGGAGUGGUGCUGGAGAGGGCUCGCAGGUACUUGCUGGUGGUGAUGGCUCCUCAAGACGUCGCCACACUUGCUCAAAUGGACCAGCCCCUUCGUCUAGACCUCACCCUCAACACCGUUUCCUUUGACCGUGCGAUUGAUGCAGUUACCACCUUCUCCUCCCUCUCCCCCUCGGCGGUGACUCUCCCUGGUGCUGAGGAAGGGGAGCGAGGGGCUGGGGGGAAGGGGAGGGGGAGCGGGGGGGAGAAAGGGAGAGGGAAAAGUGGGGGGAAAGUGGUGGAGAAGGCAGGGGGAAGAGGGGAGGAGGGCGUGAUGGUGGGUGAAGGGGCGAUGGCUGUUUGGCGAGUGCUGAUUGGUUCUGCUAUGCGUGCAGGGCGGGAGGGGGUAGCUCUGCAGAAUGAAGGUGCGACAAUUACGGGAGUGGGUGGUGGAGUGAGGAAAGGAGGUAAAGGAGGAGGAAGGGAUGGUGGUGGGGUUGCAAGAGGGGAUGACACACCUGCUUCGAGCGCUGUUGCUGCAGCAACGGCCGCAGCAGCGGCGGCGGCGGCGGCGGCAAAAGUAAGGGGCGGAGAAAGAAGGGGAGGGCCGCCUUCCUUUGACUGGCAGUCAGCAUUGGGACCAACAACAGCAACAGUAGGAGUAGGAGUAGCCACACAAGACCCUGAAGCCCUUGCAUAUGCCAAACGGCCGCCCACAGGGUUCCUCCCGCUGUUAUCCAGCAAGAAGAAAAGCUCUGGGUCAGAGUCAGCAGCGGCAGCAGCAGCAGCAGGGGCCGCAGGAGAGUUGAGAGGGCGAGUGCGAUCGGUGUUGCGAGAGAUGCAGGCAGAGAGGGAGAGAAAGGGAGAGAGCGCGCGAGAGGGGGAGGGAAUGGGAGAGUGGGAGCGUGAAAGAGACAACACGGGAGAGGGGGAGCGAGUGGAGAAAAGGGCGAGGCUGAACGCGAGUCAAGCGGCGGCAAUAGAAGCGGCGAUGGGGAGGAGGGUGACUCUGUGGCAGGGGCCUCCUGGGACGGGUAAAACCGCCACCCUUCUCCACCUCAUGGCCCUUGCUAGACGCGUGCUGGGGCAGGGAGAGUUUGGUGAUGCACAAGGGAGGGGUACGGAGAAAGGAGCUGGUGGUGGUGGGCGGAAGGGGGGGUUGGGAGUGAGGCGUGCGGGGAGGAAAGGCGGGGAGAGGGGAGGAGGGGGAGGAGAAGCGGGGGGGGGGAUUGUGGGGAAGGUGUUGGCUGCGGCAGAUAGCAACGUGGCGGUGAAUAACAUGGUGGAGGGGCUGCUGGGCAUGGGCUUGCGCGUGGUGCGCCUGGGUCAGCCAGUCAAGGCCAAGGAGUCCCUGCGGCUGUGCACGCUAGAUGCACUCGUGGAGGCCCACCCUCUCACGCAGCGAGCGGUGCAGCUGCGACAGCAGGCCAUGGCAGUGCGGGAGCAGGGCCGGGCGGAGAGGAACGAGGGCCGGCGCAGAAGUGCAGCACAGGAGGCCACACGCGUGUGGGAGGCUGCAGAUGCGGCUCAAGACGCCGCUGCUCUUGAUGUCAUGGAAAGAGCGGAUGUGAUAGCAGCAACGUGCGUGGGGGCAGGGGAUCCCGUGCUCAGCAUUCUCCUGAGCCGCCACCCGUCGGCCUUUGCUCUCUGUAUCAUAGAUGAAGCCACUCAGUCCACAGAGCCAGCGACACUGAUCCCCAUCUUAGCCAGCAGAGCGAGCAGUGUGGUGCUUGUGGGCGACCCCAUGCAGCUCCCACCCACUGUCGUUUCACAACGGGCCCUGCAGCUAGGGCUGGACGUACCUCUGUUCUCGCGCCUGCAGAGCCACGGCUUGCAGCCACUGCUGCUCGACACACAGUACCGCAUGCACCCGUCCAUAGCAGCCUUCCCCUCGGCUGUCUUCUACUCCCACCGCCUCCUCUCCUUCCCCACUCCGCAAGACCGACCCGCCCCGGCAGGCUUCCUCUGGUCCAGCACCGCCCACCCCAUCGCCUUCAUAGACUGCAAUGGCGUUGCAACGCCAAGCAGCAACCCCACCCCCACCACCAAUAUGGCGGCACGCGAGUCGCUGGAGGAGAGUCCGGGAGACUCCACUUCCUGGAUGAAUGCCGCAGAGGCGGAGCAGGUGGUUGCACUGGUGAAGAGUCUGCUGUCUGCUGGUGGCAUGGCCAAGGGGUGUGAAGACAUAGGGAUCAUCACACCAUACAGAGCACAGGUGAAUCUGAUUCGAGGCAUGCUGCAGAGAGAAGCUCAGAGCUGGGGAGGGGAGGGCAGCAGGGCGGUUGGGCGGGGUGGAGUGCGGUUGGCGAAGGUGGAUUUGGAAGACGUGGAGGUGAAGACAGUGGAUGGGUUUCAAGGACGCGAGAAGGAGGUGAUCAUCGUUUCCACAGUGCGAUCCAACCCCGAGGGGCGCAUAGGCUUUGUGGCGGACGCACGGCGCCUGAACGUGGCCGUUACACGCGCCCGGAGAGGCCUGCUCGUGGUCGGCAGCCGGGCCACUCUCUCCUGCGACCCUCUCUGGUCGUUCUGGCUCGCCCACCUGAACCACCUGCAUGCCUCAUCUGGGAAGAAGCGCUAA